GUGUAACACAACAAACAACACUUCUUCUCAUAACUCUCUAAUCGCCAAACGUGGAAAUCUCAAAAACGCCAAACACAAUUUUUCUUAACGUUACCUAAUUCUCUGUGGUCGACCUCACCGUAAACCUUCACCAACCCAAAUUUAUUUCUUCUGUGUUUUUAUUCACAAAGCACCAAAAACAAAAAACAGACAGAUAAUAAUAAUCUCUCUCUCUCUCCCUUCUCAUCUCUUCCUUCUUCCAUCUUCUCUCUUUGUGAUUGCAUAAAACCUCGGGUUUUCUUCUUAACUCUGUUCCAUCCACAAAUGAAGUACAUUCGAAGCAACAGCUUGAAACGUCUCUUCUCCUUCAAACGACGCAGUUUCGACUCUGACUCCGAGAACUCAACUCCUCGCACCAAAUGCGUCGAGGGUUUUCAAGAAACAGAGCAGUUUCAAAGACCCAAAUGGAAAUGUUUCUCCUUUGAUGAAAUCUACGACGCAACCAACGGUUUCAGCUCAGAGAACUUGGUCGGUAGAGGUGGAUUUGCAGAGGUGUAUAAAGGAGUACUGAGUAAAAAUGGCGAAGAGAUAGCUGUGAAGAGGAUAACAAGAGGAGAUAUUGUUAUUGGUGUAGAUUUGAAUCAAGCACCACUGGAGUGGGAGACAAGGUAUAAAAUUGCAAUUGGGACAGCAAAAGGGCUUCAUUAUUUACACAAAGGUUGUCAGAGAAGGAUCAUACAUAGAGACAUUAAAUCCUCUAAUGUUCUCUUAACCCAAGAUUAUCAACCACAGAUAUCUGAUUUUGGGUUGGCAAAAUGGCUGCCUUCUCAAUGGUCUCAUCAUUCCAUCGCUCCAAUUGAAGGCACAUUUGGGCACUUAGCACCAGAAUACUAUACACAUGGGAUUGUAGAUGAGAAGACUGAUGUAUUUGCUUUUGGAGUGUUCUUGCUUGAGCUCAUUUCCGGUAAAAAACCUGUUGAUGCUUCUCAUCAGAGCCUACACAGCUGGGCAAAAGUGAUUAUAAAAGAUGGAGAGAUUGAGAAGCUGGUGGAUCCGAGGAUCAGUGAAGAGUUCGAUAUCCAACAACUUCAUCGAAUAGCUUUCGCGGCAUCUCUCUGUAUCCGAUCAUCCUCUCUGUGUCGACCUUCCAUGAUCGAGGUAUUAGAAGUACUACAAGGAGAAGAUAUAGAGAAGGAGAAAUGGAAAAUGGAAGAGGAAGAAGAAGUGAAAGAAGAGUUUUGGGGAUAUGAAGAUCUUGAGGAUUGUGAAUGUGAUUCUUCAAUCUCACUCUCCCCUCCUGACUCUAUCUCUAAUCGAAGCUCUUCGCAUCGUAGUCGCUAGAUCUAAAACUUAGUUGUAAAAUGUUGAAAAUUCAAUUUUGUUUUUAUUGUAUAUAUUUGUUUAGAGUUGUCUAUUCCGUAAACAAUUGUAGUAUUCAAUGAGGUGUUAUUU